AUGCAGCAAGUUCUUCGAACCUUGCGUUUUUAUGCUACAGCCAGCUUUCAUCAAGUAAUUGGAGAUUUGUUUGGAGUGUCUAAUUAUGCCGUCGGCAAGAAUCAUAUGGGACAGUGUGCCAAGUGCCAAGUACCUUGUCCAAACAAUUGUGGUCGUUCAAUUCCAAGAGAAAAAAUUACAAACCACACCACAAACGACUGUCCAUUGUCAUUAAUCUCCUGUCCUUAUGAACAGAUAGGCUGCAAAAGAAAGGUUCAACGACGAGAAGUAAAAUCCCAUCUUGAAUCUGACGUGAAAUCCCAUCUUGACUUAGCUUGUGUCAAACUUGAGACCCGGACGUUUAUUUGGAAGAUUGAACGCUUUAGUGAAGUUUUGAGGCAAGCGAAGGCCGGGGAGAAAAAUAGAAUAGGAAGUACUCCAUUCUAUACAGAUAGGACAGAAAGUUAUGGCUACAAGUUAAGGGUAUGGAUUUAUCCUAAUGGUGAUAGAGUUAAGGUGAAUACUCACCUUUCCGUGUAUAUUGUUGUAAUGGAAGGUGAAUAUGAUGCUAUAUUACCCUGGCCUUUCAAUAAGAGAGUGAAGCUUACACUGAUUGAUCAACAGGAAGAUCCAGUCGAACGGGAAAAUGUUACCAUGCAUUUAACAGCAGGUAAUUACCCAGAAAGCUUUGUAAGGCCUAGGAAAAACAACACCAGUAUUGGGCGUGGGUCUCCCGAGUUUGUAUCUCACGACAAACUUCAUUCACGACGCUACAUUGUAGAUGACACUCUGUUUCUUCAGGUUGAGGUCGGACCGUCAUCCAGUUAAAAUCUUCUUGAAACUGCCAUCGUUGAUUUUCAUAAUCUCCUUUCCACCGCUGAUGACACAAAGAACGUAAAACAGGUCAAAUGGCUAAACGAGUUUCAAAAUAAUUUUAAAUAAAGACGAAUGGAUCAAACGUUCCCAAAAAACACUCAGAAGGAGUGGUUCAGUUUUCAGUUACCUCGAUCUGGUACGACUAACAGCAGAAUUUUCAUAAUUUGUACUUUAAGUGAAACUAAAUUCAAAGUGUUUACUAAACAAUCGCCUUAAAUAUUUAGGUUUCUUUCGGAAAGAAGCACAACUUCCCAGAUAAUGUUAGUUAAGCUUCACGUUGCGAUAUACAGAGUUGUUUCGUUCCAUUUGUUCAAGGUGUUGCUAAGUAAUUCAUUGAUGGAGAAUACUCCAGAGCAGUUGAUCAUUAAGUGGAGAUUUUGUUUAUUGGAAGAUUAAUUAUAGAUGACAUUGUAAGUUACUAGGGCUAAAGCUACGUUUCAAACUGAGAAUUGUAGAAAUAAAGAAAAUAUCUCAAUAAACAUGUUUUAACGGCGA